AUGGUUGGGAUACCUCGAAGUAGUGGUUGCUUGCUCUGUGUUCAGCGUCGGGUGAAGUGCGAUGAGAGACGUCCAGGGUGUCAACGAUGUGAAACUUACGGAAGGCCAUGCCCCGGUUAUGAUCGUGGUUUCAAGAUCGUGCCUGGAAAGCCCUAUCGUGCUCAGCGUCGCCGUCGAGCUGGCACGGAUUCUGCAAGAUCUCAUAUACAAGAGGCAUCCCAUGAGGUGUAUCAGCCACUGAUAGAACACACUAACCAAUCUUCAUUGCAGCAUAUCCAGCAGAGCAUAAGUAUUUUGAUUGAUAAUUUUUCGACACCGUCUUCUCCGGCUUCACCCCAUAUCGUCACUCGUUGGUUUGGUUUUCUUCCGGCUGUUUAUGGUCGGAACAAAACACUGGAUGCAACUAUCAGAUCUUUUACUGCUCAUCACUUGGGCAAUGCCACUGGAAACAGACAGGUCAUUCAGUAUGGGCAGUCUGCGUAUGUGGAAGCUCUACACAGACUCCAGAGAUCUUUGAGCAAUCCCAUAGAAUGCGUCUCUUCAGAUAUCUUCUGCGCAGUGAUUCUUCAUUCUGACCAAAAUGUGCUUUUCUCCAACACACAAGAUUCUGAAUCUUGGAUGAAGCAUGCCAAGGGGCUGAGCCGAUUAGCUGAAUUCCGAGGACGUGAUUGCUACCGAAACGAAUUGACAAUCAUGAAUUCCGUAUUUUCCGGUCAAGAAUGCUUCCUAAAUUCGAAGAACUGGCAUCUUAUGAUGAAGGAGCACUGUGAUACAUCCUUACCAGCAGGUCUGGGGUAUCUAAUUGAAGAUUUUAUUGUGUAUUUCACAUUCGCACCAAGUCUUAUACAUAAACUUUAUUCUCUCAAACAGGCGGACCCAGAAAGUCCAGAGACGUGGGCACAGAUGUCGGAAACUCUCAAGCGCACUCUUGAUAUGCAAGAAAAGUUGAAUGCGUGGUAUGACAGAUAUUCACGCAUCGCGCCUGCCCCAAGGGAAACCAUUUCACCUUCUGAAGACAAACUGUAUCCCAUGGUCCUCUCAUAUUCAGAUCCAACCAAUGCAUCGGUAUUCUGCGGUUAUUACUCUUACACGGUAAUUAUACGUGAGAUAUUGAAAGCUUGCAGCUAUCCCGGCGAGCAUGAGGCAAUCACCAUUUGCUUUCGAGACCAAAUUUGCAAAUCCGUCGAACAUAAUGGCAGGGGUUUCCUUGGACCGUACCAAAUGGCCUUUCCCUUGCGGGUGGCGUUCGAAGUUGCUGAUCCUGUGGUUAAACCGUGGAUCAAGGGCUGGUUUAUACGACUUUCGAACGUCUAUCCAGCUCUACAACCGCAGAGGUUUGGUUGA